CAGAUCAGCGCAAUGUUCAGGUCAUUGCAAUAGUCGACAACCAACUUCGGCGAAUUCAGUGUACAGAAUCAACUGUUUGUUUAAAUAGAAGUUUCAUUUUCACGAUCGAUUUAAAAAACAAAUUUCAAUAGCGUGGGUGUUGACGUACUGUGCUAAAAUAAAAUGGUCGAUUACAGCAAAUGGAAGGAUAUUGAGAUUUCAGACGACGAAGAUGAUACUCAUCCUAACAUUGAUACACCGUCCUUGUUUAGAUGGCGUCAUCAAGCAAGAGUGGAACGUAUGGAAGAAAGAAAACGGGAACAGGAGGAACAUGAAAGGAAAAAGAUUGAACAUAUGAAAAAACUUAAAGAAACUAAAGAAAAACUUGCAAGACUAGAAAACGAGCAAAAGGAUUCAGCAGAUUUAAGUGCAUUGAAAAAAGUUUUGCAAGAUCUCGAAGAAGAAGAGAAAAAAAUAAAAGCAAGAGAAGAUGAAAUGAAAAAAAAGGAAAAGUUGACACCAUGGAAUGUUGAUACGAUUGGUCAAGAUGGCUUUACCAAAACUGUAAUAAACACAAAACCAGCUCGGAAUGAUGAUGAUUCCACUCUCUCAGAUGAAGAGAAGGAAAAAAGAAUGAAACAAUUUGUAAAGAAAAAUGAGAAACAGUUGAAAGAAUUUGGUAUGCUUAGAAGAUAUGACGAUAGUAAGAAAUUCUUAUUGGAACAUCCUCAAAUAGUUUGUGAGAAUACAGCUAAUUAUUUAGUUAUUUGGUGCAUUAAUUUAGAAAUGGAAGAGAAACAUGACUUAAUGGAACACGUUGCUCAUCAAUGUAUAUGCAUGCAGUAUAUAUUAGAACUAUCUAAGCAAUUAAAUGUUGAUCCUAGAGCUUGCGUUAGUUCAUUCUUCAGUCGUAUACAAAUUGCUGAAGUAGAAUAUAAGAAUUCGUUUGACGAAGAACUUAGAGCAUUUAAAGAUAGAAUACGCAAACGUGCUGCAGAGAAGGUUGCAGAUGCACUUAGAGAAGCAGAAGAAGAAGAAAGAAAAGAGAGACUUGGCCCUGGAGGUCUUGAUCCUGUUGAAGUUUUUGAAAGUCUUCCAAAGCCUUUACAACAGUGUUUUGAAGCGCAAGACAUACCGUUAUUGCAACAAACAAUAGCCGCCAUGCCUGAAGAUGAAGCUAGAUAUCACAUGAAGCGUUGUAUCGAUAGCGGUCUCUGGGUUCCAGAUGCUAAAGCUAAAGAAAAAGAAGAGCAAGAGCAAAAUGGAAAAGAAGAAAUUACGGGUACACCUGAUCCGGAAUAACACUUUUUUUUCAACUAAGCUCUGCUUUUGCAUCCAUUUAUUUUCUUUUUCUCUUUGUUAAGAUACUACUU